AUGGCUAGAAAUCUUCAACUUACACCUUUAGUCUUUUCCCUCUUAUUCCUUAUGACCCUAAUCAAAACCUCUCAAGCUGGUAGCAUCGCCACCUACUGGGGUCUAAAUGUCAGUGAGGGAAACCUAUCAACUACCUGUGGCACUGGAAUAUAUGCCUAUGUAAACUUAGCCUUCCUAAACGUAUUUGGCAAUGGCCAAACCCCAGAAAUCAACCUUAAUGGUCAUUGCAACCCAGCAUCCAAUGGGUGCACCUUUCUUAGUGAAGAUAUAAAGUUUUGCCAAAAAUUUGGACUUAAGGUCAUGCUCUCAAUUGGAGGUGGAGUUGGAAAGUACUUUCUAGCUUCUCCCAAUGACGCAGAAAAUGUAGCAACAUAUUUAUGGAACAAUUUCUUGGGUGGCAACUCCUCUUCGCGUCCAUUUGAGGAUGCCAUAUUGGAUGGCAUAAACUUUGACAUUCAGCGUGGUUCAACACAAUAUUGGCAAGACCUAGCAAAGAACUUAAAGAAUCAUUCCAAUGUGUACUUAUCCGCAUCUCCACAAUGUCCAUUUCCUGAUAACUUUCUUGGUACUGCACUUAACACAAAUCUUUUUGACUAUCUUUGGGUUCAAUUCUAUAACAAUCCUCAAUGCCAAUAUGAUUUCAGUAACAGUAACACCACUAAUCUUAUAAGUUCAUGGAACCAAUGGAGUAGCUCAUUAAAGGUGGAGAAAUUAUUUUUAGGCAUACCUGCGGCUCCUCAGGCUGCUGUAAGUGGAUAUGUUCCAUCUCAAGUGUUGAAUGCUGAAAUUCUUCCUUUCUUUAGGAAGUCACCAAAUUAUGGAGGUGUGAUGCUUUGGAAUAGGUAUUAUGAUGAGUUAACUCGAUUUUUUGCCUCCAUUCUUGAAAGUGUAUGA